CAGGACCCGGGAUAGACAUGCUCGAAACCGUACUGGUAUAUGAGCAUGAUAAAAUUAUCCGCUCCGCUUGAUUUUUCACCAGUGAGCUGUUAAUAUCCAGGUCUUUGGAGAACUCAAUGCUAUGUAGCCUAUUCUUUGUUCGACAACAAACAGACCAGAGCAGUAAACAUUUAACAAGGAAGUGGACACCAACUCAUAUCGUGGUAACAUUUCAACACAGAACAGGAUUCCUGUAAGGAUACAAAAUGAAGAAUUACCUUUUCAGGCUGAAUCUUUUCAUUGCUGUACUUACAGGCAUACAAUGUGGACCUUUUCACUGUACAAGAUCAAGCCAGCCGUGUCCAACCGACGCCACGUGUGUCAGGUCAAACGGAACGUGCCAGUGUCCUUCCCCUCUCCAAGGCGACGACUGCUCUAUCCAUGCUGAUAGAAUAACGAACACGAACUGCAUGUGUAAAAAUGGAGGCGUGUGCGUCAGGAAAGAUAAUGACGUUGUUUGCGCAUGCUCGGUGUUCUAUUACGGAAGUGACUGCUCAGAAAAACGCUAUCGUGUGAAGUGUUCUACUGAUGAAAUAAUCUUCAACAUCAACCCGGUCGGCAAUUUCUCUGGUUACGCGUCGGUCAAGGACGAAAACAAACCGGAGUGUCGGUCAACUCCGGUACCCAGUCCGCCGGUAGGUGGCGACGGAAUACCAGACACGUGGGAGGGUCACGUGCUGAGAUUAAUCUUUAAUAGUUCCACGUGUGGCAAAAUCGAGAAAGUAGACAAGGACAACACUACUGCUACUUACACAGUGUCUGUUAUUGUGAAUUUCCAAAAGUUUGACGUCAAGGACGAGUUUGUUGGUGUUUGUGAUGUCAAGUAUCAGAGUUAUGUCAACGUCACCGCAAAUAUCGGUGUAGAAAAUGAAUCGAAAACGACAGAGACUACGACAACAGAGAAAUAUUCCUCUCUGGGCGCACGGACAGUCCAUGUAUGGGCUAUCAGCUGUGUGUUGGCUGCACUAACCACCUGGCUAAACCAUGGUCCGUCGUGAAAGCCACUCUAGUGUGUGGUUAACACGGCGACGGUAGUGACUAGGUUCUUCAUGGUUUGGGUUGGGGGGGGGGGGGGGAUGAGGACGCACCAUUUGUGUUUUAGAUUUCGAUUCGCCGUUUUCUUUUCUGUAAUUUUUUUCUUUUCUUUUUUCUUUCUUUCUUUUUUCAAUCUUAUGUUUUUCUUUUUUUCCCCCUUCCUUCCUCCCUCAUUGGUUCUUUUCUAUCUUUCCUCCUUUCUUUUUUGUCUUUCAUAUAUAUUAUCCACGUUUUGUAAAAAUGUGCAUACACUUGUUAGUAAAUAAAGUGCACACUUGCAAUAGAUAUUUUGUUAUGCAAAAAAAAAAAAAAAAACGAAAAAUAAACAACAUCAAAAUAACAGUAAACAGUUGUUUUUUAAAACUAUUUUGUCACACUAGUUUGAAGGUGUAAAUUUGAAAUAAAAUGUGGAAACCAGCAGUUAGAGGACAGGUUCCCUCUCCACAAAAAAAAAAUAAAAAAAAUAAAAAAACAAACGAACAAAUCAACAAAACAAUUUAAAACAACACCAAUGAAGUUCCCCGUCGGUGGGCUCACUGGGCUGUCUCUCGUUCCAGUCACUGUACCACGACUUGUAUUUGAAAGGCCGUGGUAUGUGCUAUCCUGUUUGUGGAAUUGUGCAUAGUUUCCUCUCUAAAGCUAGAUUUAUGCUUCACCGCCGACUCUUUGUUGGCGAGUCAACUUGCCAAGUUCUGCUUCUCUUCAAACCUAAUUAUCAGUUUUCAGUCAGUUCAGUAUGAUUUUAACACAGUUCAUAUUAAAUUUUAGUACGCGUUCGUUCAAUUUUUUUUAGUUUAUCUAAUAACAAAAUUAAUUUCAGUUUAGCAUGAGGUCGACAAUCAAAGUAUGAAUUGACCUUAAGGCUUUAAUAAUUAUGUCAAAACUACUAAAUAUUUGACAUCCAAUAACCGAUGAUUAACACAUCAAUGUGCUCUAGUGGUGUCGUUAAACGAAACAAUUUUGUGUGUGUGGGGGUGGGGAAUGGGUGUUAUUAUUAUUUGUUGUUGUUUUCUUUCGUUUUUGUUUUGGAUUUUCGUUUUUGUUUUGGAUUUUGUAAUUGCCCAUCCCCUCCUUCUCCAUUCAUUAGGCUAGAUAUUGCCCCCAAAACCCCAUUUUGGUAGUGAUGAUUUAUUUGACAAAAAUAGGAAAUAUAAUAAUUAACAACUGCGCCUCACUAUAUCAGCUGUACAAAUGAAUGAAAUAAAUGUUACUGUUUAUUGAUUUAUUUUUUAUCGUUUGUUAUUAUUGUUGUCAUAUAUCUGACACAUAAGCGUACGAGACGGGGGUGGGGGGGGGGGGGGGGGAUCAAUCCUCAAAUUUAGGAAAUAGUUAAAAGCAGCCAGGUUACUAGACUGAAACAGGUCUAUCACACUAAGUGGCCUAGUUUCAAAGGGAGUGUGCAAGCUGUUGUAGAUGACUAUCGCGGUACAGUAAAUGUAUCCUUGUAGAUGACUAUCGCGGUACAGUAAAUGUAUCCUUGUAGAUGGCUAUCGCGGUACAGUAAAUGUAUCCUUGUAGAUUACUAUCGCGGUACAGUAAAUGUAUCCUUGUCGAUGCACAAACUCAUUACAAGGGGCGGGAUUUUGAUCAGUCGGAUGAGUGCUCGCCUGACGUGCUUGCGCCGCAGGAUCGAAUCAUGUCAGAGGAUCCAUUCAACUGACUGUUAUUUUUUUCUCGUUCCAAGCAGUGCACCACAACUGGUCAAAGACCGUGGUAUGUGCUUUCCUGUCUGUGGGAAAGUGCAUAUAAAAGAUCCCUUGCCGCGUUAGGAAACAUAUAGCGGGUUUCCACAUAUCCUAGAAUGUGUAAGGAUGCCCAGAGGCAGACAGUGGUAACAGUGUCCACUGUGAGAGAGCUUUCAGCUGCCAAAACAUCAUAUAAUUGUCUUUUAAUUUAACUGUUAACUGUUUAUAUUUAUGUCGUUCAUCACUUCACAUUUGAAGUUACCCAACAGAAAAAGAAAAAAAAUCGUGCUGGGGUGUCGUUAAACAUCCUGUUCUGUUCUGUUCUUGUUCUUGUUCUUGUUCUGUUCUGUUCUGUUCCGUUCCGUUCCUGUUCUGUUCUGUUUUUGCUCUGUUUUUGUUCUGUUCCUGUUCUGUUCUGUUCUGUUCUGUUCUAAUCUAUUCUAUUCCAAAACAUCAUAAAUAACCAAAACAAUUUACGCAACAGCCUCUCUACCCAAAGUCUGGACCAUAUAAUAAGAAUAUCUAUCAACAGACAAAACAUAGUGGGCCAAAUGUUUGAAACCUAUUUUUUUUUGUUUUAUUAUUAUUAUUAUUUUUUAUUAUUAUUAUUAUUUUUUUUAUUUAUUAUUAUUAUUUUUUAUUAUUAUUAUUUUUUAUUUUUUUAUUUUUUUUAUUGUCCCAGAAGAAUACGUAGUGUUAGGGUUGGGGCCCAAAUCACUACAAUACAUAGCAUAUAUAUAUAUAUAUUAGUAGUAACAUAUACAGGUAAUUACAUAGACAUAUCUAGUAUGAAGAAAUAUUCUAAGAAAUUUCUUUAAACUCCUCUAGGGCACUGACCUAAAUUGAAAAGAAAGAUAAGAGAAGAAAAAAAGAAAAAAAAAAGAAGAAAAAAAAAGAAACGAAAUAAGAAACUAAAGAAGGAACAGAGUUACUUCGUGCAAACAAGCUGUUUCCAUGUCUAGAUUAUCAUUAAGUCUCAAUAAAAUAGUGUUUGCCACGUUGCCCAUUCAUUAUUAAAUACAUCGUAUUUACAAGUUUUUAAAAGAAUAUACCUUUCAAUUUCAAAUUUAUGUUGCAUUAUGCCAUGCACAGCGUUAAUACUUAAACAUUUCUUUUGUAUUUUCAUACUGUGUAUAUAAUAUUUUAUAUUAAUUAUUAACCAGUUUAUAAAAUCGCUUUUAUUAUUAUUUAUCAAACCAAACAUUAUAAUAAUUUUAUUAAAAUGAAGUAUAGUUCCUGUUCGGGUAAAUAUCCAAUCUGUUACUGCUUCCCAUAAAGUGUGUACCUUAUCGCAAUCGAAAAAUAAAUGUUGUAUUGUUUCAGGAAAAUUAUUACAGAAGUUACAUAUAUGAGAAUCAGUGUAGUUAAUCUUGCAUAGAAAAGUAUUAGUAGCUAAUAUGUUUUGCAGUAAUCUAUACUGAAACCAUCGAAGGCUAGAAUCUUUCACACAUCGAAAUGGUAAAGCAUAAUAUUGUUCCCAGUCAGUUUGUUCAAAUAAAAAGCCUUCAUUACUAUAUUUUAUCUGUACUUUUGGCUUUACAUACUGAAAGUUUAAAAUGUCAUACAUAUCUCUGCACUCUUUUUCACUUUUUAAUAAUAGUUGCAGUUUUAAAGGGUAUAAUUAUAGGAUUUUUCACUGUGUUAAAAUGAUCGUCUUUUAACUGAUCUAAUUUAUGUAUAAAUGAUUUGACAGCAUUUAUUAAUGAUGCAUAGUUGAUAAAAUUUUUAGUUAUAUGGUAUUUUUCAACAAACUGGUAAUAUAUUUUAAAAUUUCCAUUUUCGUCUAAUAAAUCGUUUAUAAAAAUAAUGCUUUUACCAAUAUAGGUUUUAUACAAAAAUGGUCUAUUAAUAUUUUACUGUUAAGCCAUAUAUUUGUUCCAAGUAUGUCUUCUACAUUAUUCGGAUUUUGUUUUUGUUGUAUUUCUGCCCAACUUUCCAGAGUAUCUUUCCAAAACAUUUUUCAUGUGCAAUGUUUUACGAACAAUAAAAUUAUCCCCAUAUAAGAUUAGAUCCUUUGUGAAUAUACCUGUAACUGAUUUAAAUAGGGUUAUCCAUUUUGAGUUUUCUUGAAACAAUCUUCGAACCCAUACACAUUUUAAAGCUAUAAGAAAGUUAUCUAUAUUUAUUAUUUUUAUACCACCAUUUUUGUAGUCUUGUGUUAUUAAUGUUCGUUUUAUCUUUUCUGGUUUAUUCUCCCAAAUAAAUUUAAAAAAUAAUGUAUUCAUAUGUUUUAUGACUUUUUACUUUACUCAGUAUCAUGGUCUUUUAUAAAUAAAGCACUAGACAUAUUUAACUUUAAAACUUCUAUUAAAGAUUGGAUCAAAACUUUAUAUAACAAUUCUUUAUCUCGGAUAAUGCAAAAUGGGUUUUUGUCUGAACCAUUUCAUUUAGAAAGGGGAUGCAGACAAGGGGAACCAUUGUCGCCAUAUAUGUUUAUUAUAUGCGCUGAGAUUCUAGCAAUUCUUGUUAGAAAUUGUACAUCAAUUAAAGGUAUAACUAUAGAUGGAGAAGAAUAUUUAAUAUCCCAAUAUGCGGAUGAUACCAGUUUCAUUCUUGAUGGAUCACCAGAGUCCCUUCAUAGUACGCUAAGAGUUCUAGAUAAUUAUGCUCAUACUUCAGGCUUAAAAAUAAAUUAUUCAAAAUCAAGCGUUAUCUGGAUAGGCAGUAAAAAGUUUUCUAAAGAUGUUUUUCACCAUACUAGAUGGAAACUAGACUGGGGGGCAACUGAAUGUAAACUACUUGGAAUUAAAUUCCCAGUCAUGUUAGAACAUAUCGGUGAACUCAACUAUGACUCUAAAAUAUUGGAAAUGCAAAAGUUAAUAAAAAUAUGGUCAGUGAGAAAAUUAACUGUUUUAGGGCGAGUCACGGUUCUAAAAGCCUUAGUAAUACCGAAGUUAAC